AUGUCGAACAUAACGGAUAACGACACCAAUAUUGGGUCGUCGCGAGGCGAUGCUUCCAGCACCUCUGGGGAUGCAGUCGGCAGCCUCGUUGGCGGUGGCGGCUCGUCAGGUUCCGCGCUCAUGAUGACUCUAUUACCAGCGCUUGUAUAUGCAAUAUUCUGGAUCAGCUUGUUUCUGAUAUUCCGACGAACUCAGCGUCGAUGGUACGCCCCACGGUCAUACUUGCCCGACCUACACGAGCAUGAACGAAGUCCUGAACUGCCAUCUGGUUGGGUUAACUGGCUGGGCACGUUUUUGAAGAUGGAGGAUAACCACGUGCUACACCACUCAUCCCUGGACGGAUACCUAUUCCUGCGGUUUUUGCGAGUCCUGGCCGCGACAUGUCUAACAGGCUGUUUGAUUACAUGGCCUAUCCUACUGCCACUGCAUGCUACUGGCGGUAAUGGAAACUCGGAGCUCGAUAUGCUGAGUUUCAGUAACGUUGCCAAUCCCGAUAGGUAUUAUGCUAAUGUGAUUGUGGCUUGUAUUUACUUUACAUUUGUGUUUUACGUGGUCGUUCGAGAGAGCCUGUAUUACGCCAAUCUCCGCCAGGCGUAUUUGAACUCACCUGCAUAUGCUUCUCGGAUGUCAUCCCGGACGGUCCUCUUCAUGUCGGUCCCAGAUGCGUACAAAAACCAAGAUAAGAUUCGACAAGUCUUCGGCGACUCAAUACGCCGGAUGUGGAUAACCUCCGACUGCUCAAAGCUGGACAAAAUGGUCAAUGAACGAGACAAGUUGGCCGAGAAGUUAGAAACGGCAGAAACGAGGCUCAUUCGAAGGGGAAACAAAGCUCGGUUGCACGCAAUCAAGAAAGGACAAUUUAGCGUGGAAACGAGCUUGGAUUGCGAGUCGAGCAACCCAGCAUGGUGUCAUAAAGUCAAGCGACCCACACAUCGGCUUAAAUUUUUCGGCAAGAAGGUUGACUCUAUUCAUUGGUAUCGCGCCGAACUAAUGAAGAAGAUCGAGGAAGUGGCUGCUUUGCAAGCAAAGCAUCAGAACAACGAAGCUACUCAACUGAGCGCAAUCUUUGUGGAAUUCAACAGUCAAGCAGAUGCCCAAAUCGCACUACAAACCUUGUCACAUCACCAGCCGUUCCAUAUGACGCCUCGAUUCAUCGGAAUCUCACCCCGUGAGGUUGUUUGGUCAGCGCUAAAUCUCAGUUGGUGGCAACGAAUCGUACGGAGAUUCGCCGUCCAGGGAUUCCUAGCGGCGCUUGUCAUCUUUUGGUCUUUCCCUGCUGCGAUUGUCGGCAUGAUUUCGAACAUCACAUCGAUUUGUGACUUGAUCCCUUUCCUGAAAUUUAUCCUCAAGUUGCCCGACGUCAUCAAAGGUGCGAUUGAAGGUCUUUUGCCAUCUGCGGCUCUGGCAGCUCUUAUGUCGUUGGUGCCAAUUAUUUGUCGAAUCUGCGCUCGACGAGCUGGUGUUCCUUCAAAAGCACGCGUCGAGCUAUUUACUCAAAGUGCACACUUCGUCUUCCAAGUGGUGCAAGUGUUCUUGGUGACGACCUUAACUUCGGCAGCCUCGGCCGCUACACUCCAAAUCAUCAACAACCCCCUGUCGAUCAAGGAUCUUCUAGCGGAAAACUUGCCCAAGGCGACAAACUUCUACAUCUCUUACUUCAUGCUCCAGGGAUUGAGCAUGAGCUCUAUGGCUCUCGUGCAAAUUGCCAGCGCAUUGGUGUUCAAAUUUGUCACCACAUUUUUCGCUUAUUCGCCUCGUCGGUUGUUCCAACAAUGGGCAGAGCUUGGUAGCCUUGGUUGGGGAAAUGUGUUUCCUGUUUUCACCAAUAUGGCAGUGAUCGCUUUGACAUACUCAUGCAUCGCACCGCUCAUUCUAGGAUUUGCUUUCCUUGGGCUUUACCUCGUAUAUCAAGCAUAUCGAUACAAUUUCCUCUUUGUCUACGACAUCGAGAUUGAUACCAAAGGCCUUGUCUACCCGCGAGCUCUUCAACACUUGCUUACUGGUCUAUAUCUCGCGGAGGGCUGUAUGAUUGGUCUGUGUGCCAUCAAAGGUGCUAUCGGCCCGGUCAUAAUCAUGGCUUUGUUCUUGGUCGCCAAUAUUCUGGCUCACAUGGCUCUCAAUGAAGCACUGGCACCUUUGAACACCUUCUUGCCAAGAUCUCUUGACGCAGAAGAAGAAAUGCUUCAAGAAAAAGAUGAUCGAGUGGCAGAGAUUAACGAAGAGCGUCGCCCACGUGCUUUGGCCUUCUGGAGAUGGUUCCAUCCCAAUGUGUACAAGGACUAUGCAGCAUUGCGUCGCAAAAUCCGCCGCAAUGUCGACGAAGUCUCGUAUACCCCGGAAGAAUUACGCACGGCAUACUUCGAGCCAAGCGUAGCAUCUCCACCGCCAACCCUUUGGAUUCCGCGCGACAAGUGGGGCUUCAGUAACCAUGAGGUUAUGGAAACUGAUAGCUCGAUCCAGAUCACAGACAAAGGUGCGCAUUUGGAUGAGAAAAACAAGAUUGUGUGGGAUAAAUAUGAUCCUCAUCUUCCACUGCGCGAAUUGAGGACUCUAUAUUGA